AUUUCUAUACCACAAGCGGUAACCCCGAGCUACACUCGGGCUUACCAUGCGGCGCUACUCUGGGGGUCCCUGCAGCACUUACCUUGUCCUUCGUUCCCACGAUGUGUCCCCUGCAGCGUCCCCGGCAUCCGGCUUCUGUGUUCCGGUCCCCGUGACUUCGGGAUGUACCGGCGCCGGCGGCGGCGGCGGGAAAUUUAAAAAAUUUUAAAAAUGUCAUUUUUUUUUUUUUCAAUUUUAAAUAUGCUUUGUCCUGUGCCCUGCCUGCAUUUUGUCUGUUCUUUCUG